AUGCACAUCACAAAAGUACUCGUGCAGGUUCAAGAGCUGGUGACUCAACUAGAAGAGGGAUUGCCGAAAGCCUCUACGCCAGCCGUACAGCCAGUGACACACGCACCCGAGACUCCACUCGACCUGCUGGCACCUAGCGACGAAGAAUGUCUCGCGAGCCUUUCAACAUACAGUCUGACACAUGAAUGUAAGGCAGCGAUCAUUCGCUUCUAUCAAGACCACGUCUUCGACCUCCAAAGGGUCUAUCAAGAGAAAUACCUCGACGUGAUUGCCAAUCUUCAGCAGAUAGGACAAAACGACAGAGGCUUUUUCAAAGCUUUUCGCUUCUCUCUACAGCGUCGAUAUACCCUUCAUUGCGAGAGAUUGUGGGAGAUCGGUCUCAGUGAGGCGAGGGCGUACUGUCACCAAUAUCCAACGAGCUUUUCUCAUGGAGAAGUUUCAACGGACGCGUUACGAUUGGAGGAAAGCAAGGGGAAUCGAGGACACGACUCCGACGCGGUGCGCAUCCUGGAGCAAGCCUUCCAGCACACGCCCAACAUCACGCAAGCGGAAAAGUAUCGACUGGCUGAAGUCACCGGCCUCCAGCCCAAGCAAGUGACCAUCUGGUUCCAGAACCGGCGCAACCGCAAGGGGAGGAAAGGCGCCAAGGCAGCCAAAAACUCCCACGCUCGAGUCACCGCACGGGCCCAAUCGCCCAGCGACAGCUUCUCCCCUCCGCGAGACUUCACGCUCAACGGAAAGAAGCGCAAGUCGUACGGCGCGCUGGGCGUCGCGUCUUCGUCCAGCUCGGACUCGGACAGCGAUGAAGGUUUUCUCAAGAAGCCGCGUCUCCCACGCGCACACUCUGGUUUGAGUGACGCAUCGACCUCAUCAAGCGCACACACCGCGUCGUUCACCGCAUGGAGCUCGCCAUCGUCGCGAUCGACGUCGUCGUCAUCGGUAUCCAGCAGCCCGAGCGACUGCUUCGACAGCCCGGGCAAGGCGCACAAUGUGUUUAGGCUGCUGAACCCGCUCAAGUACGACGCGCGCGCCAAGCAGGACAUGCCCGCCGUCACCAUGGCGACGCCAUCGCUCGUGCCGUACCACAGCGCCGAGGACCGAUCGCCCUUCAGCAGUGAUGCGAUGAACGGCGGAAUGUAUGGCGGCGCACAGAGGCUGCAAUUUGCCCGCGAGGCGAUGCAGCACGAGGUCGACUUUGGCGGACUGCAGUUCGAUGCCGAUGCGAUGGGCAAGGAUCUGUGCGAGAGCGUGCAGAGGGUCCUCGAGAUGAACUUUAGCUCGUUCGCGGACAGGAGCAUGUCCGACAGCUCGUGGGGUUCGACUAUGCAGAGCGCGACGGAUGACGACGGAUGGGUGGACGAGGACGAGCCCGGCGCCAGCACUACUCCCGUGCCGAUCAGCGCAAGCAACCACGUGCUAACCCAGCAACCGGAUGCACACGUGCUCUCCCAGCCCACUCAGGGCGCUAUGCAGCUCGGCCAUGUUGCAUUCACAUCGGCACCGGUCCACUCAGCAGCUGAAAGUACAGCUCCCUGGGCAAAUCCGGCUGGUUUUGCGUCCAAUGGCAACGGGAGCAGCGACAGCGCACUCUCGAACGGCGAACCCAUCGACCUGCACAACUUCUCCGAAGUCGGCGCGCACGCUCCCGUACCUUCUGCGUAUGCCUCGUACCAGCAAACCUCGCCGCAGCAACCAGUUCCGGCUGCCAGCACGACGCCCGUCGCCAACACAUACGCGUUCCUCGAUUUCGAAGUCGAGAUGGCGGACCUAGACGACUUGCUCAGCUCGUUCGUCCAGCCUGCUGUUACUGCUCCUGCUACCAACGCCGAGAUCGGAGCUGGAGCGCAGGUGGCGCAGCAGCAACCCGCCGAGUUCUACCUCAACUUUGAUCUCUCGCCGGACAUGUUCCGCGCGGCAUAG